AGAAACAAUUUCGUUAAGCCGUUCGAAGACGCAUGGACCAUCAUGGGGAGUCAGAAUUUAGCCAGCUGUUUCGCCAGUACGCUUUAAGAACGUGAGCCAGAUGUGCCGCAAGGCUUUGAAACUGGAAAAGAAAAAGAACCAACUUGCCAGUGUUUUGGGACAGAGUUUCUAUCCACCCAGCAGACAGUCCUGCGUUUUUUUCCAUUUAAAACUAGUUGUUCGAAUUUUGAAUACAAUUUUAUCAACUUAGCUAUGGUAAGAAGACGUGGUUGUAAAUGAGACUGUUGAAAACCAAAAGAUGACAGGAAACCGGAGUUGCUCAAAAUCAUAUUUGUCAAAGCCAAGUUGACGUUUGGACAAGAGGGCCAUUUGUGAGCAGAAGAGGGAUUUCCUCUCUUUCUCUCUAUUCCCCAGACUCCCACCACCAUGAGCUGGAGCUUCCUGACACGCCUGCUGGAGGAAAUCCACAACCACUCCACCUUUGUGGGCAAGAUCUGGCUUACCGUGCUCAUCGUCUUCCGCAUCGUCCUUACAGCCGUGGGGGGCGAGUCCAUCUACUACGACGAACAGAGCAAGUUUGUGUGCAACUCGGGCCAGCCGGGCUGCGAGAACGUCUGCUACGACGCCUUCGCACCGCUCUCGCACGUCCGCUUCUGGGUCUUUCAGAUCAUCCUGGUGGCCACGCCUUCGCUCAUGUACCUCGGCUACGCCGUCAAUAAGAUUGCACGGCGUGAGGAGAGAGCUGAGAGUGGAGGGGGAAGUGGGGGAGGAGGACUGUCCCAGCGCAGGCCCAGGAAGCUCUACUUCGGUGCCAGGAGGCAACACCGGGGCAUGGAGGAGGCCGAGGGCGACCAGGAGGAGGACCCCAUGAUCUACGAGGUGCCCGAUGUGGAGAGCGAGACGGGGGGAGGCGGCGGGGGAGGAGGAGGCGGGGGCGGCAGAGGAGUUCAGGGGAAAGGCGGCCAGGAGAAAGACAAGGUGCGCCACGAUGGACGCCAGCGCAUCAAGGAGGACGGGCUGAUGCGCAUUUACGUGCUGCAGCUGCUGGCACGCUCCAUGCUGGAGGUGGCCUUCCUGGGAGGGCAGUACGCCCUCUAUGGCCUGGCAGUGCCCUCCAUCUACGUGUGCUCGGGCCGGCCAUGCCCACACAGUGUGGACUGCUUUGUGUCACGCCCCACCGAGAAGACCAUCUUCCUGCUCAUCAUGUACGCUGUGUCGCUGCUGUGCCUGGUGCUCAACAUGUGGGAGAUGCUUCAUCUGGGCGUGGGCACCAUCUGCGACAUCCUGCGCUUCCGCCGCAGACCACUCUCCGAGGAGGACCUGUACGGCCUGGGGGGUGGCAGGGGUCCCGGGGGGCUGCCUUCUCUCCAUGACGGAGGAGCAAGAGUGGGGGGCCAAGGUUACGGCAGCUACCCCUUCUCCUGGAAAGCCCCGUCAGCGCCACCGGGCUACAACAUUGCUGUCAAGCCGCCAAUGCUGCUGGUGCCGACUGUGGCGCCCGACGGGCAGCUGGCCUUCACAGACCCGAGCAACGCCAAGAUGGCGUGCCGGCAGAACCGCGCCAACAUCACCCAGGAAGAGCGCCGGCAGUACACCAGCAACGAGGACAACUUCCCAUCGUCAGGUGUAGUGGGGGACGCUGGCGGCGCCCUCCAGAGUGAGAUUCGGCAGGCCCAGGACCAGCUGGAGGCUGCCAUCCAGGUCUACAGCCAGCAGCAGGGCCACAGCAACCCCGGCAAGCCCCAGCGUGACCGCAAGCACUGGCAAGCCUCCAAGCACACCUCCAGCAAGGCCGACAGGGGAAGCAGCAGCAAUAGCAGCAGCAAGUCGAGCAAAGGCAAGGGCUCCGAUUGGAUCUGACAUCUAGAAUAGAUUAUUCUUCCAGUGGAUUUAGUAGAUGUAACAUUAUCUUCUAUAACACUGUACGAUAUAGAAGUUAGUGCUCCAUUACUGAGUAUAGAGCUCCUAAAGACAUAACUGUUUACCGUGCCAAUACCUGGACUAUUGACAAUAGCAGAUGUUACUCUAGUGCCCCCUGGAGACAGGCUGAAAUGAGUUUGGAGCUUUAAGUAUGUAAUAUCCCUAAAUGCAAAUUAGGUAAUCAAUGUCAGUUAUACAUAAUGUUACAAAUGUCAGCUGUACCUAAUGUUUCAUUCAUUUGUUGGGCUUCCUAAAGGUUUUAUAUAUUUUUAUGUUGCACACUUAAAGUAAUGCUGUGUUAAAAAGAAAGAGCAAUAAGGGAAAAGACAGUAAUUGAGAGUCCCUUUAUUGUAAACAAUGUUUGUAACUUAUAAAUAUGCCAUAUGUCGGUGCUAUGAUGUUAUCUUUGCUUCCACAAAAAAUGGGAGACUUCUAAGCUGCAUCCUUACUAUCGAAAGUGCCUUCUUACUAUACUAAGAAAAAUACUGUGCUUGUAAAAAGUGUGCUUCCCUUUCCAAACUGCUCAUAGAAAAUGCUAAACUACCACUGUCACAAGAUGGACGCUUACAUGUGAAGUGUUGCCAUAGUAAAGAGAUGUUUGUGGGUCCCUACUGGCACCAAUAACUGGAGUCAGAGGUUUUUGCGGUCUUUCCAUCUCUUUAAUGGCUUUUGGGCUCCAUCUGGUGGUCAUACCUUUUGCUCCUCUUGAAUUACAGUUGCUGCAGGAUCCCAUUCAAAUCCUUUAUGUUCCUACUGGGUUUGCACAAAACAGCUAUUGUCCAAAGCAAGUCAACCUAAGGGGAAACACAGAUAGUUUUGUGUGCAGAUGUCUUCUUAGCCUACAGUGUAGGCCCACACCAUAUCUGGCUUUUUAUACUAGCAAUUACAAAGACUUCCGUGGUUGAUACAGUACAAAUGUUUACUAUGUGUUCCUGCUUGAAAUACUGUAUGCUGUUUGAAAUGGUCCUUUUUCAUUGUAUUUUACAGUGUUAUAUUUUCCAGGGGAGGGCAUCGAAAUAACCCUUUAACCAUUGAAAGACCAGUCAGUAUUUUACGAGGAACUAUUUUAUGGUUGCUCCAUUGUAUAUGUGAGGAAUACUAUUGCUAUACUAUAAAGAGGGAGAACAUUUUACAAUAAUUGUUUAUAUUUUCAUAAUGUGUAAGAAAAAUAUUCUGUUUUUAUUGUGUUUGGGAGAGACAAUUAAGCAACACUUUGAUUUGUUCAGUUACUGUUUUUCUAUUUAUGUUCUUCAUUUCCUCAGUUGAUGACAAUGUUCCAAAUAAGAAGAAAAAGCUAACAAUCUAUUUUCAGUGUUGCUGAAGUUGUAUGGAAAGGUUGCUUCAAUGUAUUGAUUAAUGGGACAUUUACAUCAACAUUUGUCAGAUGCUUACAUACCUCAAUUUUUUUUAUUUUGAAGUCCACAUCACAGACCCAUCUGUUUUGUAGAUGUACAGUGGGGGGAAAAAGUAUUUAGUCAGCCACCAAUUGUGCAAGUUCUCCCACUUAAAAAGAUGAGAG